AUCUUGGUUUGGAUUUGUUGAUUGGAAUAGGCCUAGAACUAGGAAGUUGGAAUUCUGACUUUGACCCAACCCAGAGAAUGACAACAUAACCUCUUUUCUUAACCUUACAACACUCAGUGAUGACUGCAGUUUGUUAAUUUACUGGAGUGGAGAUAGGUCUAGGCCUAAGUUAGGCAAUUGGAAGUAAACUUAAUCAUCUCGGAUUUCACUUUGUUCAGUGAAAAUGUCUGGUGUUAUUUUUAAAAGUGUUACAUGUUCAUUAUGUUUACUAAAUACCUUAACUUCAUCUUUACCAAUGGGAUUAAGCUCUCUCAAAAGUCCUCUGAGGAAAAUAAACACUACAAUGAAAGCAAUACAAAUCCACUCGUUUGGCGGACCUUCAGUACUCAAAGUAGAGACAAAUGUUCCUACUCCGAUACCAACAGAAGGGCAGGUGUUAGUCAAAGUCCACGCAGCUGGUAUUAACCCUGUAGACGCCUAUCUGAGAGAACGAGCAUUUUCCUCCAGUCCAAAGUUGCCGCUGAUCCUAGGCAAGGAAGUCGCUGGCGAUGUGGUCACGAUAACAGACACAGGCGAUGGAAAUUGCAAUCAAUACAAGCCAGGUGACCGGGUAAUCUGCUGUCUGCCGCAUGAUCGAGGCUAUGCGGAGUAUGCAGUAUGUGAUGUGGACCACACGUUGAGGCUACCGUCCCACAUGAGCUAUGCGGAGGGAGCGGCUAUCUAUGUGGCGUACUUCACAGCUUAUAGAGGGCUGGUGACCAAACUAAAAAUAAAGAAGAACGAGUUAGUUCUUGUGCAUGGAGCAAGUGGGGCAGUGGGCUCAGCAGCUGUUCAGAUCGCAAAGCAUAUCGGAGCAAUUGUAGUAGGGACCGCUGGUACGGAAGAAGGGUUAAAAAUGGUGAAAGAGAUUGGAGCAGACUAUGUUGUCAAUCAUCGCGAAGCAACACACCUUACGCAAGCGUUAGGUAUGGUACCAAAUGCUGUUGGGUUUGAUGCAAUAUUAGAAAAUAGAGCUACCACUAAUUUGGCUAAAGAUUUAGCAUCAAUUGGUCCAAAAGGAAGGAUAGCGGUGGUUGGAGCUAAAGAGAGUGUGACUGUAGAUCCUAGACUGUUGAUUAAAACUGAAGGUUACGUCACCGGCGUGAAUGUGGCCAACAUGUCUAAGCAACAAUGGAAGAAAUAUAUUGAAGCAAUAAGCACCGGCAUGCAGGAGGGUUGGGUGAAACCUGUCAUUGCCAGGGAAUACCUCAUGGAAGAUAUCCAGCAAGCCCAUGAGGACUUGAUGAAGAAACACGGACACCAUGGAAAGCUUGUGUUGAAAAUUUCAUGACAUUCAUAGU